UGCCGACUUAUCCAGUGGGAUCGCUUGUGCCUUCAGUCGCUGAUCGAUCACGUACAACAUCUCACUUCCGAGAUUGAGGAUUAUAAAAAGGACCUCCGAGAAUGACUCUUGAUGCUUAUGACUUGUAUUCGGCGCUGUGGAGAUACAUUGUAGUAAGCGGACAGCAAAGCCAAGUGGUUGAAGGCCUGAAGGGUUGCAAAACCGAUGGCGAAAUAAUUGCCUUUGUACGUUGCAUAGUUGAGAAAAAUGACAGUGACCAGUUUAAAUUGGUUGGCUUGGAAGGUGAUGGCAAAAAUGAAGGCAAAGCGAUUGAGUGCCGAAAAUCCGGCAAUUCUCAUUUUCAUCCCAAAGUGAAACGAUACAUCAAGGCAGUUGAACAUUAUAAUGAGAGUAUUGCGUUGAGCGAAGAGCGAUCUGAGAACCUGGCCAUCGUGUUCGCAAAUCGUUCGGCAGUAUGCUUUGAGCUGAAGGAAUAUGCUGACUGUCUGCAAAAUAUUCGAUUGGCACGAGAAAAUCUAUAUCCCGAGCACCUGCUUCCAAAGCUCGAUAAAAGAGAAGAAGUCUGUCUGAAGUUGUUAGAUAUUAUCGAGGGGCAGCAGAUUUUCGAGCAACUGGAUCAGGGUGAACCAAAAUUGAGUUACAAACCGAAUCCCAAAAUUCCUCACAUAUCGGAUUGCAUUGAGCUCAAGGAGGAUGAAGAGUUUGGGAGGUAUUUGGUAACGAAUCGAAAUUUAAGUGCCGGAGAUAUUAUUAUUGUGGAAAAACCAUUUUCUACUUUACUUGAUGCCAAUUUACGUUACACUCAUUGUGAUUAUUGCCAUGAGGAUAAAUUUCUAACGCUCAUUCCGUGCAAAACAUGCACGAUAACAAUGUUCUGUUCAGAAGAGUGCCGAAACAAGGCUUGGGAAAGUUAUCAUCAUAUUGAAUGUUUCGUUAUCAAAGAUAUGCACUUCCUAUUUACCAAAGUUAUCCGCGUGGCACUGAGGACCGUAAUGACUGCUAUAAGUACAUUUAAUUAUAAUUUCGAAGAACUUCGGUUGUUCAUAGAAUCAAUCGAUGAAAGAUCGUUAAAUCCAUUCAAAUUAGACUGGACUUCCAUUGAUUCGAAACAGGUGUAUAGUACCAUUCACGUGCUAGCCACCAACCAAAAGUUACGCACCACUAGUGAUCUCGUUCAGCGAUCUGUUUAUGCUAUUAUUAUGAGUGAACUUCUUUUUCGCAAAACAGAACUUGGUCAACUCUGUGAUAACAAUGAAUCACAUGAUCUGAUCCGGCAACUCAUAUUCCGUCAUUCGCAAACAUCUCCGGUUAACAUGCAUUCUCUGAUGUUUAUGGAUUACACACCACUGCAAUACGAAAAGUUCUCGCAAGUUAAUCUGGCAUGCGGAUCGUUUCCAAUACUAAGCAUGAUCAAUCAUUCAUGCGCCCCCAAUCUCGUCCGGAUGACUCUGCCGAAUGGACACGUUGUAGCUCUCUUAAAUCGACCCAUUCAAAAAGGAGGCCAGUUAUUCGACAACUACGGUUUUCAUCACUGCUUGGAAUCUCUAACCGAACGUCAAAGUGGGCUUCGUGGGCAGUACUGCUUCAAAUGUCAAUGCGAGGCGUGCAAGCUGAACUAUCCUUUGUAUCCAGAUUUACCGCAUGCAAAUCUUCCAGCUAGAAUGAAACAACCAAUCGACUACGACGAGAUGAAUCAAAUUGGCGAGCAUGACAUGGCGACCGCACUGCGUAAAAUACCGGAAUAUUGCCAUUUCCUCAACACGUUUGAUUCACAAUACCCAAACUAUGAAAUAAGCUCCGUACAGGAAGCAUUAUUGAGAUGUUAUCAAAUCGUUUUUUCGAAACAGUCUCGGAAGUUGAAAUACAGGGACCUGUGCUCGUUUUGAUUGAAUCGAUGCUUGGAAUAUUUUUUUGUCAACGAUUUAUUGCAAUAAAAUUGAAUUCAUUAUAGCAACCAGCCUU